AUGCAAGUCGAUCUGCCUUCAUCUUCAUCUCCUGCUGCAAUGCUCAACCCGCAGCAGCAGGCUGCGAUACGCUGCAAGCUGUCUUUCAACGGCGAGCUGCGUUGCUGCGCGCUGGCGCUACCCCCAUCGUGGGACGCGCUGCAGGCCGACGUCGCCCGACUCUUCAACAUCGGACCCGCCGUGGGCCGCGCCUUCGUGCUCAAGUACGUCGACGACGAGGGCGACAGCGUCACCUUCGACUCGCCCCUCGAGCUACACGACGCCGUCCACGCUGCUGCCCAGGCCACCACGCCCAACCCCUGCCUCAAGCUACUCGUCCAGCUCGUCGGAAGCGUAGUCGAGAAGGCCCCGACUGGUGAGCCGCUACGCGCAAAGUGUCGAGGCAAGCGAGGCGCCUUCCACCAGUUCGGCCCGGGCGAGAUGGAGGCCCUGCUGGACCAGCUCGAGGCGCGCGGCUUCGGGCAGCGCAGGAAGCGAAACGCGCGGCUGCUGCGCAAGAUGGGCGGCGACGUCGAGGCCGUGAUGGCCCUCCUGCGCGAGUCCGACGCGGCGGCCGGGCAACGGCGCCUCGCGCGGAAGCAGAAGAAGCUCGCCCUCGCCCACGCCGACGGUCGCCCGCACAAAAGCAGGGAAGAGCGCAAGGAAGAGAGGAAGGCCAAGCGCGCGGAGAAGAAGAACUCCAAGGACGCCAUCGAGGCCGAGGGCUUCGUCUCCCUGGCUGACGGCUGGCCGGCGGGAGUGAGUGCGCUCUACCUGGACGGCAACAACAUGCUCUUCCUCACGUCGGCGCUCAGGAGGCACGCCCUGGGCAGGGGCCAACGCUGGAGGGCCGAGGCCAUGCUCACCUCCCUGGCCGAGUCCUUUGCUCGCGCCAAGCGGGCCACGGGCCUCUGCAACACAGUCAUGAUCUACGACUCUAUCAACAAGCGUCGGUGUGGCGUGAAGAACCUGGACGAGGGUGCCCGCUUCGCCGUGGCCAGCGCGAGGCCCGAGUUCGCCACUUCCGACGACGCUCUGGUGGCCUGGGCGCAAGCACUGCCUCCGCAGCAGGUCAAGGCCAGCCUGUUCGUCACGUCCGACCGCGAAUUGAAGAACAGGUUGCUCGCGGUCGGCGCUCUCGUGGCCAAGCCCAAGCAGUGGGUCGAGUUGGCGCGGCGCACCAUCGAAGACGGACAGACGGACGCCGCAUUCCGCCAGCCGCAAGGGGAAGGGGAGCCCAGCAUGGAGGAGGCGGAGCAGCUCAGACCGGAAACGGAGGCCGACGAGCAGCAGUCGCUUGACGACUUCCUCGAGGAGUGGGGCAAGAAGCUGGUGCUUCACGACUACAAUGACCACCAUGACGACGAUACCACCAGAGAGGACUCAGCUGACGAUCUUCACGGCGCAGGUGAAGAGAAGCAGACUUCGGUCGAAGGCAUGCUUCUUUGA